AUGGAUUCCUCGUCCGUUAUCGCUGCUUCGGCUGAUAAUAGGUCGGUCUCAGAAGUAAAUCUGAUCGGCUUCGCUCAAGGUGCGCCGAGGACGAUCGCUCCCUCGUCAAUCACAUCAUCGUCAAGUCCUGACCUCGCUCGCGUCUUUGUGCGACUGCCAAACGGAACCAAGUUUCUUGUGCCUGUGCCUCAGGAUGCCAACGUUCAUGAGCUUCACAUUCAAGCCUUGCGCCGUGCUGGGAAGAUUGGUGUUAAUGGUACCCCGGAGGACACGCUUCUGGAAACCAUUGGCAACGACCCGAUAGUCCUAUUCUCCGAUGAUCUACUCCUUGAUGUUAUGGAUCUUACUGCCGAUAAUACUUUCGGUCUGAGGCCCCUCGUCAACCCAUCAUCAUCCUCCCUAGAGUCCCAAGGGGGAGGCACUUCAGCCAACCUCUCCGCUUCAAAUAUAUCCUUUACAGCACCCAACACUGGCCAUUCACCUCAUGGAGAAGAUUCAGUGGUUUAUAUCCGAUGGAUUACCCUGGAAGCCGCAUUGGACAAUUCCUGUCUUCGACAACUUCCUGUCGACGGAUCCCCUAUCCCCAGUGGGACUACCUUGAAUGACCUCUAUAUGAUUGCCGUAGAUCGGUUAUGCGGUUCCUCGCCUCAAGGCACAUGCACAAACCCGACGAGGCUAAAUCUUUUCCUCCGGGAGUGUAGUCUACAUGCCUUGAACAAUCCAGCCACCCUGAGCGAUCUUGGGUUGAAAGGGAACCGGCGUGGGCCUCUCAAUAUCUUCAUCGAAUUCGUUGGGCCGGAACGACGGCUUUCCCUCAACCACCUCUCUUCGUCCAACGACCCCAAGAGUCUGUGGAACUUUGACUCUACCAUACGAGGCAUGAGCACGUUCAUCACAAGCCUCCAGAUAUUACUGAAAGAAAUUGAACGGGGAAAUUGCAGCCUAGAUGGAAUUAUUGAGGUGCUCUGGGAACUUACUCAUUUCCCACCCCUCCUACUUGCUUUCAGGGCUGUUCAUGAAUCGAGGUUAGGCAGUGAAGCACCUGUUGGCCCCCUUCUCCUAGUUGCGUCCGCAUUUCACGCGAUAUGCCGCCGGAUGGUACCAUCUGAGAUUUGUCCAUCCUCCGAGAAUCUCCUUGAAGCAUCUCGUCAAAUUACAUACUGGAUCUGUUCUAUGCGUUCUGAGGCAUCUCUUCUGCGCAGCAGCGCACAGAAACUGAUACGUCAAGCACAGAUCGAAGAAGCUGCGGAUAAUCGUAGUCUUACACCGACUUUCCUACCUUUCAACGAAGUUACCCUGCCAUUAGCACCGGGGACGGGGCCCCGUGAAAAGACCUUCUUAGUCAGUUGCGAGAUUAAAGACAGUGCUCUGUGUCGAUUGCUUGGCCUCGCCAUCCAUGAAAAUGCCGCUCGGCCGUGGGACUUCUACUUCCACUCCGUCGGCGGUUGGAAGGACCUUUGGAAUCACAAAAUUGUGGCCCUGCUACAACCAAAGGAGUUUGGGACUUUGAUAGACACUACAAACUCGGAUCAAGCUUUUCGCAUGAUAGGACCUCUGCAAAUCGGGACUUGCUUAGCUGCUGAACUCCCGGUCAUAACAUUAAGUGCAACCGGAUAUGUUUCCAGAUAUGAUCAUGAAGACAUGGAGUGUGCUGAGAGGGCGUUCAUCACAUGGAACGCUAUUGAAAAGAGGACCAAGCUACCGGGUAAUCCAGGGCAGUUUCUGUCCCAGAAGCUAGAUCCUAUCUUACUACAACGCAAGGGAACUCUUAGCUGGGCGCUCGAUGCCUGGACGGAAUGGACAAAAGCUGCCGAUUUCGGUGCCCCCGAGGAGGCGAUUAUCAUUUGUGUUGAUACUAGUUCAAGUAUGGCCUCAGCCAUGCCAUAUGGUUGGCUUCUAAACCAAAAUGCCUUGGGCUCGAAUCCCAGUCGUCUCACCGAAGUCAAGGAGUUCUUCAAAAACCAGGCUCUUCGAAUUUCGGCUUUGAAUCUUUCAACUUACCUAGGACUUGUUACCUUUGCAGGGUCUGUGGUGACCAAUCAACCGCUCACACCCCUACACCUAAAUUUCAGCCAUCAACUGGACGGAAUUCAGGCGGCUGGAAAUACGGCCAUCUUUGACGCGCUCGACAGAGCAUCUGGAAUGCUGGUAGAGUUGCAGCAUCGUUACCCACAGACAAAGUGUCGGAUCAUACUUCUUACCGAUGGCUGCGACAACAACUCCAAGGCAGUGCCUUUCGAGAUCUCUUCAAGGCUUUAUGAACGGAAUAUUGUGCUUGACGCGAUCGUAAUUGGGAGCUCGGAAACGCGCGAACUUUUCAAAAUCGCAAAAAAUACCGGAGGGUAUGCUUUUAAGCCACUAACUCAGCAGGCCCUGUUCCAGAUAUUCCUCUUGGAGACUGUCUCAGAUAUACGCACUCGUCCAGAUAUCGUUAGAGUCAAGUGCAACGGGAGCUUGGACUGGAGUAUCUUCGUGCCAAAGGCUGCAGAUAUGUCCGAUCCAUACAACUUCCCUCCAUGCAGACCACACCCUAAUCAGGAAGAUUAUUUCAUUGCGCUGGCCGAUGCGGGACAAUUCAUGAGCCGCAUGUCUCGGAGACCAGGCGGGAGUGCGGGCUCUGUCUACUCGGUUUCAACGACAUUGAGCAAUGCGUCAACAUUAACUGCUACGGCUGGAGGAAUCUCACGCAUUCUUCUCAGCGAAAUAAAAGCAAUGGUUGAUAACCCCCAUAAAUAUAUGGAUAUUUACGUUAGCCAGAGCAAUAUGGGCUUUUGGAAGGUGGUUAUGCAAGGCCCGCCAGACUCACCAUACGCCAGAGGAACGUUUCUCCUCUAUGUUGAGAUUGGGCCCGAGUUUCCCAGAAAACCACCGUCAGCUAGAUUCAUCACUCCGAUGUUACAUCCGAAUAUAACCAAGCAUGGCCGCGUUUGCCAUCCCGUCUUUGAUCGGGAAUGGAGUCCGGCAACCCGUGUGUACGCAGUCCUCCAACAGUUAUACGGUAUUUUGAUGUCGUUCGAGGCAAGGGAUGCAGUCGAUCCUCUCUCAGCUCUCCGCUUUUUGUCAGAUGAGGCAGGAGGCCGCCGUGAAGUGGUGAAUUAUGUAAGCAUAAAGCUCCAUUUCGAUCUCGCUAUGUGCAGCUUUUUCGCCCAUAUCGAGCUUUUCAAUCCCAUACUUACAUUAGAUCAAAAGGUGUCUCGAUUCGCGCAGCGCCCCCGACACCUCCAUCGUGCAGACAUAAUCGGGGAUGAUCUAUCCUCUGUCGGAUGGUCAUCGACCAAAACUCCCUCAAGUUAUGCAAGUAGCGUUGUCAGCGACACAACCAUAGUCUCAGCAAGCUUAAAUCCGUUCGGCGCUCACGCCCAGAACUUGGGACGAAAUCCCUCAACUAAUCCGCCAAGCUACAGGACUGCCCCGUCUUUGUCGCAAUACUCAAUUCGCUCAGUCUCUACGCUCUCGAGUGACCUGGCGAGCCAACGACGACCAACUCCUCAACCCCCCACCGCUGCUGGAAAUCAAGCAAGUGGGAAUGCGAAUGGGGGCCCACAGGCUGGAAAUGGCGGAAGAGGGCGAGUGCCUAGCGGCAGCGUUGUUUCCUCAUCCGCAUCUGUGGUCUCGGGCUCGAGUGAUAAUGGCAGCGAGGCUGGUACUGUUUCCAGCAGGCGUAGUCGGCGGGCAUCCUUUUUCGCUAAGCUGAGGAAUGUCGGGAGUAAUGUUUAG